UUUUAAUUUCAAUGAGUCCCUAGCUGGGUCACUGAGGAGCCUGCUGGCCUUAUUAUUAAAGUCAUUAAUCAAGGUUUAGAAAAGCAACUAUGAUCCACAAAUCAUUGUCUCUCCCCCUUAUGAGGUCUGAAGAAUAAAACUGUCCAGUGGAGGAUGGGAUAGAAACAUGGAGGCUAUGAUGCUUUUAAGCGAGGCAUUUAGGGAUCAGAGUUAGCAAGGGUAGCCUUUUUCUUCUUGAGACUAUAUGGAAUUAGAUUUUUAUGGAAUAACUUUGAGACAUUCUAGACAAGGGCAGAGAACAAGGGACAGCCAAAGUCUUGCCUUCUUAGGUAUAUGGGAUUAUUCCUGGGGAAAGAAUUCUCAUGUUAAUAUUCUCCCAUGCUAAGCCUUUAGAGUAACGUACAUAGGAUGGGAAGGAAGUAUUAUAUUGCAGUUCUAAGAUAAUUUGUGUUGUAUUUUUGCAAGUCUUUCUGUUUCUGCACCCCUCCUUUAGAAAUGGAUGAAUGGUCAGCAUUGCAUUUGUCCAUCCUGGACAGUUUUAUUCAGUGGCUCUCUCCACCUUCCCUGUCAUCAUGGUUCUGAAGUCUCCCUGCCUGCAAUGUUGGUGUAGAGCCUGAAGAGGUUCAGGGGUAGCAGUGGUCACUUCCCUGCCUGAUUUAGAACCUCAGAUCUUGUCCUCUGUGACCCAGACACUUAGUCAAAGAGCCCUGAGGAGUCUGGGAGUCCAUUAGUGAGAGGGACUGAGAGUCUUGUACCAGGUAAACUGGUAUUUAGAGUCAGGACACUUGGAAUUUUUCUAUCGAGGUGAUUGUGGUAUACUAGGUUUCCAUGGUAACUAUUACUACACCAAGUAAUAGAAAUUCUUCACAAAAUCUCAUUAUCCUUCAACCUACCAUAAGAUUGACUUGGAAGUGGUGUAUAUAUUUAAAAACAAUGUACCACUUUUCCUUUUCCUUUAAGUUUUCUGUCCUCCCCAUUCUGCCCAUUCCUUACUGUUUGAACUUGAGUUUAUGGCCCAUUGUCCCCCUAACCCCUUGAGUUUCUCCCCUGCUGGUUUUAGCUUGGUGAGACAAAUCAGAGAAAUAGUGCAUAGCGUGUGUUCCUCCCUUGUGUGUCUGCAUGUGUGCACUUGUGAGUGCUUAAGCCCACUGUGGAGACAACCAAGCCUAGACCACAGGACCUGGAGCCACUUCUUCCCUGGGCUAAAAGAGGAGCCUUGCCUGGGCUGGAUCCUGGCAUUGGCCAGGAGCUGGAGGAACUGACGAGCACAAGUGUGGAGCAUAUCAUUGUCAAUCCCAACGCUGCCUAUGACAAGUUCAAGGACAAGAGAGUGGGGACAAAGGGACUUGAUUUCUCAGAUCGCAUUGGAAAAACCAAGAGGACAGGAUAUGAAUCCGGAGAUUAUGAGAUGCUUGGAGAGGGUCUGGGAGUGAAGGAGACACCUCAGCAAAAGUACCAGCGACUACUGCAUGAGGUCCAAGAGCUGACAACUGAAGUUGAGAAAAUCAAGACAACAGUAAAGGAGUCAGCCACUGAGGAGAAGCUAACCCCUGUGGUACUGGCUAAACAGCUGGCAUCUCUGAAGCAGCAGCUGGUUGCUUCUCACUUGGAGAAGCUGCUGGGACCAGAUGCCGCGAUCAACCUUACUGACCCUGACGGAGCUCUGGCUAAGCGCCUACUGCUGCAGCUGGAAGCAACAAAGAACAGCAAAGGGAGUUCAGGGGGAAAGACCACCAGUGGGACCCCCGCAGACAGCAGCCUCGUCACUUACGAACUACAUUCUCGGCCUGAGCAGGACAAAUUCUCUCAAGCUGCCAAAGUUGCAGAACUUGAGAAGCGUCUGACAGAGCUGGAGGCAACUGUACGCUGUGAUCAGGAUGCUCAGAAUCCCCUUUCUGCAGGUCUGCAGGGAGCCUGUCUUAUGGAAACUGUAGAGCUCUUGCAGGCAAAGGUGAGCGCCUUGGACCUUGCAGUUUUAGACCAAGUAGAGGCUCGGCUACAGAGUGUCCUGGGGAAAGUGAAUGAGAUUGCCAAGCAUAAAGCCUCUGUGGAGGAUGCAGAUACACAAAGCAAGGUCAGGAAGGUGCACCAGCUAUAUGAAACCAUACAGCGCUGGAGCCCCAUCGCUUCCACCCUUCCUGAGCUGGUACAAAGACUUGUUAGCAUCAAACAGCUGCAUGAGCAAGCCAUGCAGUUUGGUCAACUCUUGACACAUUUGGAUACUACCCAACAGAUGAUUGCCAGUUCUCUCAAGGACAAUUCCACCCUCUUGACCCAGGUGCAGACAACCAUGCGUGAAAACCUGGCCACAGUUGAGGGGAAUUUUGCCAGCAUUGACGAGCGGAUGAAGAAGCUGGGAAACUUCUACUAUGUUUCCUGGGGAAGAGGCAGCACUGAGACACAGACAUUCAGGGCACAAUAGACAAUCUAAGCCACUCUCUACUGAAGACGGAUUUCAGUUGUAACCUGUUCUUACCAAAGAACUAAAUAAAAAAAAAAAAAAUGAGU